AUGGCGCAAGGCUGUAAGAGCAGCCUGGCUGCCAUAGCAGCCGAGAGCAAGGAGCCGGCCUGCCCUGGCCCAGAGCCGGCGUGGCGCCGGGCCCUCAGGGCGCGGCAGGCCCCCUCCUUGGGGCCGGGCCGCGCCGCCUGGGGGCCACCCGCGCCAAGGCGGGGACACCCACCCGUGGCCAGCCAGUCCUUUAAACUCCUAGGAUUCCUUGAUGUUAAAAAUGUCCCGUGUGCACGAGAAUCAGUACUCUAUGGCUCACUGGGAUCUUUAGUUGUGGGUCUUGGACAUUUUUUAGCAACCAGUAGAGUUAGAAGAUCUUGUGACUUUGCAGUUGGUGGCUUUAUUUUCACAAUGUUAGGAUACUGGUUUUAUUGCAGGUACAAUUUUGCCCAACACAGGAUCCGGCAAAGAAUGCUUAGAGAAGGAAUGAAAAACAAAAUUUUAUUUGAAGGCAGUUCUCUUGAUCCAGAAAGAAAACAAACUGGCAAUGAAAGAAGCAAUUCAUAGUCUGCUAUAGAGGAAUCUGUGGUCUAAUGCAGCUUUGAGGGAAGGUGGUCCAAAAAUGGCAGUCUUCCCCGUAAACGUGGGAGGUGACUGAGACUGAUAAAUCAUGCUGUUUUUCCUAGCAAAUUCAAGUAACAAACCCAUAAUGAAUCUGUUAAAUCACUAUACAAGCCUUUCUUUGUCUCGUGUAUGUAUAUAUGACUAUGCACACAGUUAGGCAUGACCUCCUUGGUUUUUGGCCUGUUAAACAUUUGGGAACUGCUAAGUUCUGUUGCAGGCUCUCAAAGGAUUAAUGACAGUGGUUUUGGACUACUUUAACGUUUAUUAUAAACAGAGUGGUUCACUUUAGCAAAGUUGUAAUUACAUCUCAUUUAAAUAUAGGAAAAUAUUUUCAUCAGCCGUUCUUUGAGUAAAUGUAUUCUUCAGUGGUACUGUUCAUUGUGCUGUUUUUAAAACAGAAACAUUUAAACAGUAGGUGAAUGCUUUGCUUGCGCAAGAUGCGUAAUAUCAGUAGCCUUCUUAAGAUUUCAACUGCAGUUUAGUGGGCAACUUCAGAUAAAUUAUAUACACUGUGAAACUGAAAAAAUUCCGUCGUCGUUCCCUCUGUGUGAAACUAAGAAUAAAUCACUUGCACUUCAGUCUGAGCUAUUUAUGUAACUCUUUUUUUUAUUUAAUUAAAAUCCUGUUCUUCUGUUUAAAACAUUUCCUUACACUACUGUCUGCUGUUAAGUUGGUGAAAUAAUGGUGAAAUAAUUAUUUACACAUUAUUGAUAAAUAGCAAUGGCCAGUAGUUUGUUUAGAAAAUCAUGUGCUACUUGUAUAUUUUGCUACAAGUCUUUAGUUAAAUAUUGCUAUAUAAUUUCAAGGAAACAUUUUCUUAUUUGGAAUUACUGUGUUCUCUAAUUGCAUAUUGGUAAAAAGGUGAGUGAUGACAUAGUAUUCCUUUGCUUGUAUACUCCUGUCUACACUAGUGAGAUAGGGUGUUUUAUUAUUUUCACAAAAUGAUUUCUAUUAGAUUUCAAAAUUAAUGCUACAAACUACUUUUGGUCUAAAGCCAUUCACUGGGCAAAUUCAAUUCUUUCUCCCAGCUCUGUAUUUAAUCUGAGAGACUUUGUGAUCUGUUGGUGUGGGGAGGUUUGGAGUCCAAAUGUAAACAACACUAUUGCACUACAUAUUUUAAUUUGCAAAUAUACUUAAGAGCACUAAAGAAACAUGCUAUUUACACUAAGGUAAUUAAACUUUACUCUGUGGAUUAGCCUCUCACAAGAAGAAAACAAUCCUGUAUUCUUCUCCAUUGCCCUCUGUUCUCUCUUCCUCCUGUUUCUUUUGCAAGAAGCACAAAACAAGAGAGAUUUUUGUGGUGGACUUUCAGUUCAACAGUUUUAUUUAAAAGUAUCUGGAGAACUGGAGUUAGUAUGAUGAAAUUCUUUCUUUCCUCACUGGAAAAACUGAAAACUCAGCAGUUACUCAUAGCUAACCUUAACUCAGAAGAUAAAUGCUUCUAGUUUGGGGGGAGGCUCCUUCUCUUGUAUUGGGUAGGAGGUAUUGCCUCCAAGGGCCUCGAGAGUGGCAGUGGGAAACUGAAUGAGCUGUGAACAAGUACAUAGCAAGUCCCUAUUUUAAGACAUGGUUGAGUUCUUUCCUGUCUGACAUAAGAGAAGGAACUGCAACCUAAGCAGGGGGUCUUUCGGCUGAGAGGUCAUAGUUCAGUUGUAGACUUUAGAAAACAAAAGCAUCCAGAUGAAAAUUUACUCUUUGGCAAGGCACAGUUGUUGAGAAAGAGGAGAAUGCUGUUUUGUACUGAUAGGAAAGAAGUUAGCGGGCACAUAACGGCAUCCUUCAAAAUUAAUACCUAUGUGACUCCGACAAGAAAAAAGCAGAAACGUGACACUGUGUAAAUUAAAAAAUGUGAUGGAAAUUGUAAGAUUAGAUUCUUUCCAGUGUUAAUUGGCUGCUGUUUUAGGCUAUUGUAUUUAAGGAUAUGAGCUCAAUAACAAUUCUUCUACGGCAUUAGCAAAUUCAUGCAAAUAACUGUAUUGAAUUCUAGCUACAUCUGUAUUGCUUAGAUAACUGAUCUAACAUCCAGUGAACUUUUACCGCUGCGCAAAAUGUAAAAUGACUGUGCUGGAUGUUAACGGAAGAAUGGGGAAAGAGAAUAUGCAAGCAGUGUAAAUGACAUGAUUGCAUUGCAAGUUUCAUUACUUAAUAAAAGUUGAUGUAGAAUUGA